CACUAGCCGGCUUGCGGGCGCUGCCAGUCUCCCGGCGGCCGCGGUGUCCAGCGCGCGUCUGAGCGACCGAGCGUGCGGACGGAGCGGCGGCCUGCUGGGCGGGCUGGGCGGCGCGCGCGGCGGAGAGACGCGGAGCGAGGGACGCAGGGGCGGCGGCGGCGGCGGCGGCGACAGGUCUACUUACAAAGGACAAUGACUACUGAUGAGGGCGCCAGUAACAAUGGAGAAAACCCAGCCACCACCGUGGUUGAGCAGGGCGAAGAUAUCACUACGAAGAAAGACAGAGGAGUUUUAAAGAUUGUCAAAAGAGUAGGGACUACUGAUGAGUCCCCAAUGAUUGGUGACAAAGUUUUUGUCCACUACAAAGGGAAAUUGUCAAACGGAAAGAAGUUUGAGUCCAGCCAUGACAGAAACGAGCCGUUUGUCUUUAGCCUUGGCAAAGGCCAGGUUAUCAAAGCCUGGGACAUUGGGGUGUCUACCAUGAAGAAAGGCGAGAUCUGCCAUUUAUUAUGUAAACCAGAGUAUGCUUAUGGCGCGGCUGGCAGCCUCCCGAAAAUUCCCUCGAACGCAACUCUCUUUUUUGAGAUCGAACUCCUUGAUUUCAAAGGUGAGGAUUUAUUUGAAGACUCAGGCAUUAUCCGUAGAAUCAAACGGAAGGGCGAGGGAUACUCAAACCCUAAUGAAGGUGCGACGGUAGAAGUCCACCUGGAAGGCCGCUGUGCCGGAAGGAUGUUUGACUGCCGAGACGUGGUGUUCACUGUGGGUGAAGGCGAAGACCACGACAUCCCGAUCGGGAUUGACAAAGCCCUGGAGAAGAUGCAGAGAGAAGAACAGUGUGUUUUAUAUCUCGGACCACGAUAUGGUUUUGGAGAAGCAGGGAAGCCGAAAUUUGGCAUUGAACCCAAUGCUGAGCUUAUCUAUGAAGUUACACUUAAGAGCUUCGAAAAGGCCAAAGAAUCCUGGGAGAUGGACACCAAAGAAAAGCUGGAGCAGGCUGCCAUCGUGAAAGAGAAGGGAACUGUGUACUUCAAGGGAGGCAAGUACCUGCAGGCUGUGAUUCAGUACGGGAAGAUAGUGUCCUGGCUGGAGAUGGAGUACGGCCUGUCAGAGAAGGAGUCAAAGGCGUCGGAGUCCUUCCUGCUUGCAGCCUUCCUGAACCUGGCCAUGUGCUACCUGAAGCUCAGAGAGUACAACAAAGCCGUGGAGUGCUGCGACAAGGCCCUUGGACUGGACAGUGCCAAUGAGAAGGGCUUGUACAGAAGGGGCGAAGCCCAGCUGCUCAUGAACGAGUUCGAGUCCGCCAAAGGCGACUUUGAGAAAGUGUUGGAAGUCAAUCCUCAGAACAGGGCCGCUCGACUGCAGAUCUCCAUGUGCCAGAGGAAGGCGAGGGAGCACAAUGAGCGCGACCGAAGGGUGUACGCCAACAUGUUCAAGAAGUUCGCAGAGCGGGACGCGAAGGAAGAAGCCAGCAAAGCAGUGAGCAAGGCCGGAGAAGGAGCUGCUGGCAAACAAUCCGAGAGUCGAGCAGUGGAAGAAGGAAAGGCCAGAGGCCAUGUAUGACGCCACGCCAAGGAGGGAAGGGAGUCCUAAUGAACUCAGCCCUCCUGGGCUCGCCCCCAACUCAGGACUCAACAGUGUUUAGUGUAAGGUUUGUUACAGUCUCCGUGAUUCUGGAAGCAGAUGGCAGUACCAGUAGCUUCCCAUAACCACCUGCUGCUGCCGGGGUGGGGAUGCGGGUGGGGGGACGUGCCAGGGAAACAGAGCAGAGAAGGCCGGCGGUGUGGAGAGACCAAGCCAGCAGCCCAGUCCAGCCCAUUUCAGUUUGCCCUACCUUUCAGCGUCCAGCCCAGCGUCCAGCCCAGCGUCCCCUGUGAUCCUAGCUGCUGUGGGUUCUACGUCUGCACUAUGGUUGCUCUGCGGAAACCGUUAGUAAAACAAACUCAGCAGGUCUCUGCGUUCCUAUUGGUGGGCGUGGCAGGGGCGGUGAUGAAAUUUGUCUAGCACUGCCUCGCCUGCUGAGAACACAAGCCCACAAGGGGGUCCCUGGGGCCGGCCACAGCUGGGUCUCAGGCCGCUUGCCUGCCUUCCAAGUCCCCUUCUCAGACUCUUGAGUGUGUCUUUCUGUCUUAGCCAGCAUGUCCCACGGACUCUGCCGAUCCUCCAAUGCCCUUCAUUAGUGACAGCAGGUGGGAGUUUCCGGGGCAGCUUUCUCUGUUUCGGGUGGCUUUCUGGUGUGUAGAGAGCAGUCAGAAGUGGGCCUAUCUUCCCUGCUGUUCGUCCCUCUCAAGAAUGUUAGCGCUCAGCCCUCCAUGCUCGCCGCAGCUGCUCACCUAUGUUCCUGGUCUUUGCCUUGCUGUAAAGAACGCAAGGCUUGCUCUUGUCCUAGACCUGGAGUGGACUGCCUUCCAUAUCCGGCUAGGAUUCAAGAGUUGCUCUUUUUUUUAUUAUGAUUACCUACUUGUAAUCGUGUAUACUGCUUUUUGGAAGGAACUUCACACUCCUCUAUCAUGCAAAAAUAUUUUUUUCAGUUUUUACUUUUUAGCUUGGGUUUUGAAAGGCAAACUCUGGGAGAUUUAAAAUAGGCAGUUACUCUUUAAACGAGGUACCUGGAGAUCCGACAGGUAGAUAGAUAGAUACCUUGCCCUGCACCACAGCCUCUGUGUUGUGGCAGGAGCUGUAAGGGUGGCUGGCUUUCGGUGUACAUGCAUCAAGCCAAAGUCUCCAAAACUUGGGCAUUGAAUUAGGGCAAAUCUUAAACAGUUUUGGAGUUGGAUUUUAGUCCUACGGGUGAUGUACGGGAUUGAGCCUAAGGAGUUCCACAGCCUAAGGAACCCCAUGGGGACACACCCAUCACUCAGUGAUCCAUGCACCUCUGCCAGGACCGCUCACUUCCAGCCCUAAGGACCACUGUGCUCAAGAUGUGUGGCUUUAGUAAGGCAGUCUCAUUGUCAGUGUGAGGUCAGGGCCUUCACACCUGCGGGUCAGCUGUUCCCUCGGCUCCUUCACACCUGCGGGUCAGCUGUCCCCUGCAGUAGGUGGUAUGGGUUUUUGAAGGAGUCUGGGAUGUGACUGAGACCCUCACAGUUCACACUCUGCGCUUCUGCCUCUAUCCAUACAUGUUUUAGAGCUCUGGUCUCGCCCAGGAAGUACAGACAUGAGCUGACUGUGUAAUGUACUAACGUUUUUAGUUCUCUUGACUAGAAUUGCAGGGGCAGGGAGGCCGUGCUGGAAUUUGAGCCUAACACGUUAGGUUUUUAGAGGAAACCUUUUUCAAAGACUUGGGUGACCCUCACCAGCUGUCUCCCAAGUGUGUAUUGUGGGCCAAGGAGACUGGUUGGGAAGUGGGGUGGUCAAGACUCUGAGCCAGAAAUGGCAAGGUGCUCGGCACCACUGGAUUUUACAUGCUCUUGUAUUCAGUAAUUUCAGACAAUUUAUACAGAAAUCAGAAGAUGUCUUCAAACACCCCUAGACUGGAUAGAGUGGUGGGUAAGCAGAUGGUACAUUGAAAUUUUGGUUUUUAAAAAAUCACUUAGACACUGGGAGUAAUGGUGACACACACCUUUGAUCCCGUGACUUGGGAGACCCUGUCUCAAAACAAAACAAAAAAUCAUUUAGAUGCAUUUUGUGUUCCUUAAAUAAAUUUUUUAAAAAGUGGU